CUCAGCUGCAGAGGCUGCUGGGAGAAUCUUGCUGUGUCGGAGACAUUUUGGAUUUAAAGGGGCUGAGCCGUCAGUCCUAGCUCUUGUUUUCCCUGAGCUAACUAGAAGAUGUCCACCAUGGUGUAUCCACGGGAAGAAAAGCUGGAGAAGCUCUCUCAGGAAGAGAUCAUCUCCAACACAAAGCUGGUGAUCCAGGGUCUGGAGGCCCUGAAGAAUGAGCACAACUCCAUCCUCCACAGCCUCCUGGAGACCAUCAAGUGCCUAAAGAAGGAUGAAGAGGCCAACCUGGUGCACGAGAAGUCCAACCUGCUUCGCAAGUCAGUGGAGAUGAUUGAACUGGGCCUGGGAGAAGCUCAGGUGAUGAUGGCCCUGUCCAACCACCUGAACGCCGUGGAGUCUGAGAAGCAGAAGCUGCGUGCACAGGUCAGGAGGCUGUGCCAGGAAAACCAGUGGCUGCGGGACGAGCUGGCCAACACCCAGCAGAAGCUGCAGAAGAGCGAGCAGAGCGUGGCCCAGCUGGAGGAGGAGAAGAAGCACCUGGAGUUCAUGAACCAGCUCAAAAAGUAUGAUGAAGACGUCUCACCCACUCAGGAGGAGAAGGACCGAGAACCACCCAAGGACUCCCUGGACGACCUCUUCCCCAACGAUGAGGAGGAGCAUGGCCAAGGAAUGCAACACCAACACAACAGUGCAGCCGUGGCUGCGGCCCAGCAGGGAGGCUACGAGAUCCCGGCCCGUCUGAGGACCCUGCACAACCUGGUGAUCCAAUAUGCCUCCCAGGGCCGGUACGAGGUGGCUGUCCCCCUCUGCAAGCAGGCUUUGGAGGACUUGGAGAAGACUUCCGGACACGACCACCCUGACGUGGCCACCAUGCUCAACAUCUUGGCCUUGGUCUACAGAGAUCAGAACAAAUACAAAGAGGCCGCCCAUCUGCUCAACGAUGCUCUGUCCAUCCGUGAGAAAACCCUGGGCAAAGACCAUCCCGCUGUUGCUGCGACGCUGAACAACUUGGCUGUGCUGUAUGGAAAGAGGGGAAAGUACAAGGAGGCUGAACCUCUGUGUAAGAGGGCUCUGGAGAUCCGAGAAAAGGUCCUGGGGAAGGACCACCCAGAUGUGGCCAAACAGCUCAACAACCUGGCUCUGCUUUGCCAGAACCAGGGCAAGUAUGAGGAGGUGGAGUACUACUACUGCCGUGCCCUGGAGAUCUACGAGAGCAGGCUGGGCCCAGAUGAUGCCAAUGUGGCCAAAACCAAGAAUAACCUGGCAUCCUGCUUUCUUAAACAGGGGAAAUACAAGGAGGCUGAGAUUCUGUACAAAGAGAUUCUGACUCGUGCUCAUGAGAAAGAGUUUGGAUCUGUUGAUGCUGAAAACAAGCCCAUCUGGAUGCACGCAGAGGAAAGAGAGGAGAUGAGCAAGGGCAAGCACAGAGACAACACUCCAUACGGAGAGUACGGAGGCUGGUACAAGGCCUGCAAAGUCAACAGCCCUACAGUGAACACCACCCUGAGGAACCUGGGCGCCCUGUACCGCCGGCAGGGCAAGCUCGAGGCUGCCGACACCCUGGAAGAGUGUGCUGUGAGGUCUCGCAAGCAGGGCAUUGACCCCAUCCACCAGACACGUGUGGUGGAGAUCCUGAAGGAUACAGACGGCGACAGGCGGAGGAGCAGGGACAGCCUGAGCAGCGUUAAGUAUGAGAGCGGCUCUGAGACCGGCGAGGAAGUGAGUAUGGGCGUGGAGUGGAACGGGGACGGCAGUGGGGCCCUCCAGCGCAGCGGCUCUCUGGGAAAGCUCAGGGACGUCCUGCGCCGCAGCAGCGAGCUGCUGGUGAAGAAACUGCAGGGCAACGGACCGCCUGAACCUCGCAGCACCAACAUGAAGCGAGCUGCUUCCUUGAAUUACUUGAACAAAACCAGCGAUGACCCGUUCCAGACUCGGGGAGGCAGUCAUUUCAGGGAGAGCCGGGGCCUGAGCUCCAGCACUGUGGAUCUCUACACAGGAAACUGAGCAGCAGGUGGUGUAUCAGCUGAUCUGUUGACCCACCCAAAGAGGCUCCUUCCUUUGGCUCGUUCUCUGAGCCCUAGCGAGCUCCAACAACACUACCAGCCAGCCCCCCCCCGCACACCCUUCCUCUUCCCGUCGGCAUCCGACCCAAAGACCCAUUCGCUCCAACAUUCAGACCCAAAGACAUUUUCAGUCAUCUAUACAUAUACAUACAUAACUAGUGGGGGGGUUUUCCAGCUGUUUUUUUUUUUUUUUUUUUUUUUUUAAUCCAGGUUGUUGCUUUUUGGUCUUCCAGAAAAGAGAAUUGAUGCAUUUCUCCCCCCCAUCCUAACAUUGGUGUCGUCUCACUGCCUCCUAAAUGUGGCCACGAUAACAUACCUCAUCUCUCUUCCUCUUAUUCAGAUAUAUUCAUAUAUAUUCAUAAUCACUGUGACUCUGCACUUUGACUGCAUCUGUUGCCAUAAUGUCACCUGUUCUGGUAUGUUUCUCCUUAUGUUGUUUUAAGAUAUUGGUUUUGUGUCUUCCUGUGCCAUUCAUUGGUUUAUUAGUGCAAAUUAGGAAAAAAAGAUACUUUGUAGAUUUCUGUUUUCUCCAAAAAAAUACAACUAUUAGAAAUAGGCAGUGGUGUAGUCUAAUGUAUUGUAGUGGGUAUACUGUACUGUGUAUAUUGGCCACAAUUCGCCUUUGGGGGAGGUGGGGCAUAUCAUAAUGGGGGAGGAAGGGGGUCUGGGUGUCCUCCCCCAGGGACGUUUUGAGCAUCAACGACUUCAUUUCCUCUAUUCGGAUUCACUUUUAUGCACCCAUUUACGAUAGAAAUACCUUUUAUUUAGCCUAUGUGAAGAAGAAAAACAUGACAAUUCAAAAUAUAUCAAAAAUAUAAUGGAAAGUACAUUGUUGCGUGGCAUUUUUAAGUGGGUAUAUGGAAAUCCUGGAUCUUUCUUAGGGAGUAUACUGCGUAUAGCUGCGUAUCGCGUAGACCACACCACUGGAAAUAGGUAUGUUGAGUUUGAAAGACAUAAUGUAAAGUUGGCAUGAUUACAAUGUUUAAAAAGAAAUCAUUUUUAUUUUCAUUUUAAUGAUUUUUGCCUCUUGAGAUUUAUUUGCAUCGUGAGGUUGUUGGUUGAAGCUUUGGGAAACAGGGUGACAUGUUUAUCUUCCUGACGUGAUGAAUUUCUGCGGCUGCUGCUACAGUAGAACCUCUACAGCUUUGAGGUCCAAGUGUGUUUUUCUGCACCGGUUUCUCUAGUAUUGCAGAGAAAAAUGUAGGAAUGAUCUUUGAGUCAUUUUAUGGUCUCAGAGUGCUGAAAAACACAACCAUGAAAAUUUUCAACUUUUAAGAUUGUAUAUAAAAAGAAUGAUCAGGCCCAACUGGGUCGCUUAAUUAAUCCGGGUUGUCCUGAAUGAUCUCUGGUGCCAUGCAGGACUCUUCUGCAGGCCGGCUGCCUCUCUGUCAGUCGGCCUCUGCAGGUUUGAGCUGCCAAAUGUGAACACAUCAUCCUAUUAUGUUGUUUACAGUGAUUAGAAUGUGUGAUAAAGUGUCUAGAUAUGUGAUAAUGGUAGGGUUUUGUUUUUGGGUUUUUUUGCACAAUUCUCAGAUUGGUGUCUUCUGUCUUUGAUUGCGGUUUUAGUUCAGACUCAAAAGAACUGGAAUGUCUUGUAAUGAUGUCGAUUUUUUUUCCUUGUUUUUCCUUUUUUUUUUCUUUCAUCGUUUGAAAUAACUGUAUACAAUAGAAUCUGAUUCGAAAUUCACAAAUAUUAGAAUUCAACAGGAAUAGAACUGAGAGUUUAACGUGCAUCUCUUUGGAUCUGGUAUAUAUUAGACCAUCCCAUUUGUCACAAAUACUGUCUGAUCUUGAUUCAGAA